AAAACUUGCAAGUUAUUAGACAAAGAAUUAUCUAAAGUUUCCUUAAAAUAAUAAUCUAUUAUAUAUUAAUACCAUCCUAUAUUCCUAAUAGCUAAUUCCUAUCCCAUUCAUUCUUAAGAAAAUUGAUUCUAAUCCAAUAAUUUCACCAAGCAUAAAAUUAUAAAAAAUGAAGCAAUGGGGAUUAAUUAUGGUGAUUUUUCUACUAAAAGUAAAACAAAUUUGGGUGACAGCAGAAGAUGAAUUUAUGACAAGAAAUGGAGUUGAAUUAUGGUUAAAUGGGAUCCCAUUUUAUGGAAAUGGUUUCAAUGCAUACUGGUUAAUGUAUGAAGCUUCUUUUCAAACUGAAAGGCACAAAGUUUCAACUACCUUUCAACAAGCACGUAACAAUGGCCUCACCAUUGCAAGAUCUUGGGCUUUCAGUGAUGGUGGUUCUAGACCUCUUCAAUCUUCCCCUGGCUCUUACAAUGACCAAAUGUUCCAAGGUUUAGAUUUUGUGAUAUAUGAGGCAAAGAAUUAUGGGAUAAAGCUGGUGUUAAGUUUAGUGAAUAAUUAUGAAGAUUAUGGUGGGAAGAAACAAUAUGUGGAGUGGGCUAAAACUCAAGGACAGUUUAUUUCAUCUGUGGAUGAUUUCUACACAAAUCCUGUUGUUAAGGGAUUCUACAAAAAUCAUAUUAAGAGUGUAUUAACAAGAGUUAAUAGUAUAACAGGAGUUGCAUACAAAGAUGAUACAACAAUUAUGGCUUGGGAACUUAUAAAUGAACCCAGAUGCCCUUCAGAUUUAUCUGGAAAAACUCUUCAGGUGUGGAUUACUGAAAUGGCUGCCUACUUGAAAUCCAUAGAUACAAACCACCUUGUAGAUAUUGGACUAGAAGGCUUCUAUGGAGAUGACAAGAAACAAUAUAAUCCAAAUCAUAUCCAACAAGGAACUGACUUCAUUGCCAAUAAUCAGAUUCCUGAUAUCGACUUUGCUACCGUUCACUCUUACCCUGAUCAAUGGCUUAAUGGUUCAACUGGUGAAGCACAACUAUCCUUCCACCAGCGAUGGGUGCAACAACACAUUUUCGACUCACAAAACAUCCUUAAGAAGCCAGUCAUAUUUGCAGAAUUUGGUAAAUCAUACAAAAUCUCAGGCUACUCGUCGUUUGAUAGAGACCAGCUCUACAAUAUAACUUACUCUUCCAUCUAUUCAUCGGCUAGCCAAGGAGGGCCUGCCGCUGGUGGGCUGUUCUGGCAGUUAUUAACCGAUGGACUGGACAAUUUCCGAGAUGGGUACGAGAUACUCCUAACUGAAGCAUCUUCCAUUGCUGGAAUAAUUUCUGAACAGUCACAGAAACUCUCCAGCCUAAAGGGAAGAAUCAGGAUCAUAAGUGAAAGUACGUAG